CCGUCCCCGCCCUCCUGGGUCCGGCCCUGGUCCUACACCCGCAGCCCUCGGCAGCCAUGGGCUCGGAGAUGGAACCUUUGCUCCUGGCCUGGAGUUAUUUCAGGCGCAGGAAGUUCCAGCUCUGCGCCGAUCUGUGCACGCAGAUGCUGGAGAAGUCCCCUUAUGAUCAGGAACCAGAUCCUGAAUUUCCAGUAUCUCAGGCAGCUUGGAUUUUAAAAGCACGAGCACUAACUGAAAUGGUAUACGUCGAUGAGAUUGAUGUAGAUCAGGAAGGAAUUGCGGAAAUAAUACUAGACGAAAAUGCUAUUGCUCAAGUUCCACGUCCUGGAACAUCCUUGAAAAUCCCUGGAACUAAUCAGACGGGAGGGCCUAGUCCAGCUGUCAGGCCUGUCACUCAAGCUGGAAGACCCAUUACAGGUUUCCUGAGACCCAGCACACAGAGUGGAAGGCCAGGCACUAUGGAACAGGCCAUCAGAACGCCCAGAACUGCCUACACGGCUCGCCCUAUUACCAGCUCCUCUGGGAGAUUUGUCAGGCUGGGAACGGCUUCCAUGCUUACAAGCCCUGAUGGACCUUUUAUAAACUUAUCUAGACUAAAUUUAACAAAAUAUGCCCAGAAACCCAAAUUGGCAAAGGCUUUGUUUGAGUAUAUCUUUCAUCAUGAAAAUGAUGUUAAGACUGCUUUGGAUCUGGCUGCGCUUUCCACAGAGCAUUCUCAGUACAAGGACUGGUGGUGGAAAGUGCAGAUUGGAAAAUGUUACUACAGGUUAGGAAUGUAUCGUGAAGCAGAAAAACAGUUUAAAUCAGCCCUGAAGCAGCAGGAAAUGGUAGAUACAUUUCUCUACUUGGCAAAAGUUUACAUCUCAUUGGAUCAACCUGUGACUGCAUUAAACCUUUACAAACAAGGCUUAGAUAAGUUUCCGGGAGAAGUAACCCUUCUUUGUGGAAUUGCCAGGAUCUAUGAGGAAAUGAACAAUAUCUCAUCGGCCUCUGAAUACUACAAAGAAGUUUUGAAACAGGACAGUACUCACGUGGAGGCCAUUGCAUGCAUUGGAAGCAACCACUUUUAUUCUGAUCAACCAGAAAUUGCCCUCCGGUUUUACAGGCGACUCCUGCAGAUGGGGGUUUAUAACUGCCAGCUUUUGAACAAUCUGGGGCUCUGCUGCUUCUAUGCCCAGCAGUACGAUAUGACUCUGACCUCCUUUGAGCGUGCCCUUUCUCUGGCUGAAAAUGAAGAAGAGGCAGCUGAUGUCUGGUACAACCUGGGACACGUGGCCGUGGGAAUAGGAGAUACGAGUCUGGCCCAUCAGUGCUUCCGGCUGGCCCUGGUCAACAACAACAGCCACGCCGAGGCCUACAACAACCUGGCCGUGCUGGAGAUGCGCAAGGGCCACGUGGAGCAGGCAAGAGCGCUGUUACAAACUGCGUCAUCCUUAGCACCCCAUAUGUACGAGCCGCAUUUUAAUUUUGCAACAAUUUCUGAUAAGAUUGGAGAUCUGCAGAGAAGCUACGUGGCCGCUCGGAAGUCCGAAGCAGCAUUUCCGGAUCAUGUGGAUACCCAGCAUUUAAUUACCCAGUUAAAGCAGCACUUUGCUAUGCUUUGAUUGUUCCUUCAACCCAGUAUGUUUUUAUUAACGUAUAAUACUAGCCUGUGCUUGAUCAUCGUGAAGAUGACAUAAGGGAGUUUAAACAAGAAUGUAAGUUAAAACCUUCUUAAUAACUUUAUAUUAUAAAAGACAGGUUUUCAGCAUUUGUAAGUAGAUCCUGAAGGCUUUUCCC